AAAUAGGUUUUCGAACCAAUUUAUAAACGAAAAAUAGUUCCAUCUCAAUUUUUUCGCAUGUGUGUAUUUAAUUUGUGGAUGUGUUGCGUGCGUUUAAGUGCAUAAAAAACGAAUAGAAAAUGCUCGAGUAAAUAUCGAAAAAAAAUAUUGCUGAUUGAACGUAAAAUACAACAACAACAGCAACAGCAGCAAUUUUUUUUAUUGCAUCAACUUCAAACCAUUCAACAUAGGCAUACAAAAAUUCAUGAUAACCGCAUACGACUGGAAUUGGUUAUUUAAGGUUCAGGGUGUCAAAAUGACGAAUGAAAGUGGUCAUAUGUUUUGCAUGUAAAUGAAGUAUUGAGCCUGCGAUGCAAACUAGUGAUCAUAAUCAAUGAGAUCAAUUGAAAUUAGAGUGGGUCUAACAAAAAAUUGGUUUGACAAACAAGCAACAACAAUCAAGUGCAUGUAUAGAUUUAUGGGCACUCAGUUAAAUUGACUUUUAUCCCCUGAAGAGAAAAAAUACCAUACAUAGAAGCUGCAUCAUCAACAUCCAAAUGUGCAUUUAUGUCAAACGAAACAAAAAAAAUCAUUAAACAUGUUCGGUACAUGCUCGGUGCUACUUGAAUCGGAGAAAAAAAAUAUAUUUAUAAAAACUGCGUCAUUUUACUGUGUAGUAUGUUUUUGUUGUUUUUGUCUCGAAUGAUUUGUGAUGUGUGAUUUGUUAUUAUAACCAUUCGAAGUUUUCAUCAUUGAAAUUGAAUCCAGGUUAAAUUCUUCGGCAAAUCGGUCGGCUUUCAUAUGAAAAAAUUCGCGAGAGGGAGAGAGAGAGCAAGAGAGAAAUACUCGAUGCACUUGUCUUUGUGAUAACUAAAACACCGACCUUUUGAUGUGUGUAACGUUGAAUAUGUGUCGUGACUGAAAAAAAACGAUCAUUUGUCAUCGAUGACAUAAGGCAUAUAAAAUAAACAGCGACCGCACAAAAAAACGAACGUCCGUCCGUCCGUUAUGUGUGUGUAUGUGUUGUUGGCGACUUGACUGUUGCUUUUUUUGCAACUCGUAAUUGAACUAUUCGACACGUAUUUGUGACUGUGCACGGUGAAUAUCUUGCUAAAUCAAUCAAUUCGAUUACCAUUGCCUUAAAAUCACGUUGAAUUAAUGGGCCUUUCAUUGAUUUUAUGCAAGUGUUUCGCUUUUUGUGACAAAAUAUUUACGCUCAUCUGAACAACAACAACAAUAGAUAUAAAAUGUUCAUAAAAUUCAUAACAAGAAAAGAAACAAAUUCUCAUAUCUUCACAAGGACGAUUCCGUUCUCGUUUUUGCAAUCGCAAGCAAUGUGCAAACGCCCAUUCUCAAUACAAUUAUUGCGUCUAUUUGUUUGUAUAGAGAAUUGAUGGGGCUUGUUUCAUGUUUUACAGCAUGCCGAUUGAACGUCUUAGGAUCAGAUACUUAGCUUGACGCCAAAACUAAACCCACUUGCUUCUGAGGAUGCUUUUGUGCCAUUGAAAAAUAAAACGAAUUACAUACGUAAUCCAAACCUUUCCGCACCGUAGCAAUUUUUCCUACAUUCCACUAGAAAACAAUUUCUCAUUGAAUUCGUUAGACUCACCAAGAGAAUCAUUAAGUCAGGACCUUAAAAAAUCGCUAUUCCGAUCAUUUUCCAUAUAAAAUUGUCAUUUUGGGGGAAAAUUUAAGAAAAGUCGAUUUCGGACCAAAUUUAUGAGGAUGUUCAGUUGUUCACAGACCCCCAUUAUUUUCGCAAAAUAAUGGUAGCUUGCCUUGACCAAAACCCUGAAAAAUGUUUUUUUCGAGUACUUUCCAUACAAAAGUGUCUGGGGUCAACUGGGGUUUUCAGGUCGUCAGUCAGAGGCUUAUGGUACGAAUUGGUAGGUUAGAAUGGACUCAAAAUCAAUCAAUCUCGACAUGCCAAAUUUCUGGCUUUUACAGAUCUCAAUUAUCUUGUCAACUUUUUGAGAUAUCCGGCGAACAAAAAACGCGAACGCGGACGCGAACGAUUACAUAAAAACAUCGCAUUUUUGCACACUUUUCAUAGUAAACAAAGUAUUUUUGGGAAUAGAUAUGGCUUCACCGAUGGGAUUUAUUCCCAUCUACAUUGCCUAGUGUACAGAUAUGCGCUAUUUGAAAUUUUUCGUAGAGUUUUAGUGGUCGAAAUGGAAAGGAGUCACGACAUUCUGGCUAGUAAAACCAAUAUUUUUCUAUACAAACAAAGUUUAAGGAAAAGUAAAAGCCUGUUGAAGGAUAACAUUCGGGAGAUUCAGUUGUCAUACUGCAGUGAUCAUUGUGUUGAGUCGUUUUAAUCUUGUUCGCUGCUUCAAUUCUUUGUAAUUUCUUAUUUCUAAUGAGUUCGACGAGCGUUGUUUGUUGCCACAGCACACACUGCAUUUCCGUUGUUCAAUGUUCCAACGAAUUCGCAAGCGUAGCGCGGCUUUUUCAAUUCAGAAAAAAGAACCAAGCCGUCCGCCUCGCCGUAAAUAGAUUGGCCGUGGUUCAGCUGUUGUGGAGCUGCUUCACGAUUCGAUUCCAAAUGAGAUGGUAAUUUCAUUUGAUACAAACUGCACGGCAGUAAUGCGAAUACCCAUUAAUGGCAUAUACAUCACACACAAAAAACGGUGAUGCAUACUCCCCGCAGUAGACCACGCAGUGCAAAAAUGGCUCUAAAUAAAUGUUAUAAAUUACAUUUCAUUUGGUUAUGCGUGUGUAGUUGUGGAAUAACAAAAAAAGUACACACAAUGAGAAUAAUGCAUUUAUUAAAUGCACACGUCAAGCAUGAGCGCAAGCACACUCCGUUACACCCAUAGAUGAAUCGUUGAGAAUAAAAGCUUCCAGCAAAAGUUGCAUGACGCAAACACGUCGAACGCCUAGAAAUGACGUUCUGAAUAUUUUAUCGCACCAAAGAAUUACACUGUUGUUGCUUGAAAUUGAAGAUUCGACCGAUAUCGAUUGCCGCUUUGCAUGCGUCCCUCUCUAACUAUAAAAAGUUGUACGUUCAUUUUCAGCGGUUUAUGUCCACAUUUAGAUUUUUAUACUGCGUACCUUGAACUUUCUUCGCUUCGGAUUCGCCCAAAUUCAAAAAAAAAAUCGAUCGAUAGGGAAAAAAUUUCGUUUUUGAUAAGCCCAUUUAUAACGGCACCACUCAAUGGGGACAAUGAUGACGACGACAACAACGACCACGACGUAUGUCAAAGUGGCGACAAAACGAAACGCUUUGACACAUAGCAUAUGAAAUAGAUAGACAUUUUUUCAUUCAUUCAUUCAUUCAUUCGUUUCGUAAACGCAUCCAUAGUGGUGUUGUGCUGUGAUUGUCAACUGAAUCAUUUUUUUUUUAGUUUCUCCGAUCCGUGAAAAUAGCGCAGAAAAAAGCCAGAUGAGAUUUGUUGCAAUGUUUUCGCUUCGUUGAUUUCUAUCAGCGUAUUUGUUUAGUAUGAAAGAAGGGAGAGAGAAAAAACACACACUGAUUGUGAAACAAAAGUCGAAACGCAACAAAAAAAGAGCGAAAAAUCUGAAAUCAUUGAGAAAAUGCGAGUGAUGUGUAAAAUGGUUAGAAAUUUAAUUUAAAAAUAAAUAAAUAAAAGGUACGAGACAAAAUGGAACGUUUCAAUGUGAAAAUGUGGAUUUGUGUGUAUCGAGAUAUUGACAUCAAUAUCGUUUGAUUGGAAAAUCAUCAACAACAUCAUCAUCGCAAUCGAGAUAACAAUUGAUUGAAUCGAUUGGUUGAAUUAAUUUCAAGAGCAACGAGAGACCACACAGAGAAAGAGAACUUUCAAUCAAUUUUUAUCGAAAAUAGUAUAAUACACGUGCGAUUGUACGGCAUGUUCAUCAUGAGGCAUGAGCAUUAGUUAUAUGUAUGAAGUAUUGACACAAAUUCGAAUCGAGUCGUUUAAAAUGUCUGUGUUUGGAUUUGGUUUUGUGCUAGGAGAGCGAGCAGAGAAAAAAUAUGGUCAGCGAAUAACAAAGUGAUAUAUAUGUAUAUACUCAUAGCCAGUUCAGCGGAAUCAAGUUUUGUGCGACGCAAUGUGCGUCGCACAUGUGGCUUUGUUGUAUGUACCAGAGACAAGCAAAGAAUGACACACGCCAUAAAAAUACACCAACCGCUUGCUCACUCGCUCGCGCUCGUCACAUAUUCAAUGGAGUAAAAGUCGUUGUCGAAUGAAUCGAAAAUGGCAAUAACAUGCAUUUGCACAUAUCAAACCCCAUCAACAACAAUGGGGGGGAAAUUCUGAAACAGGCCAUUUAAUCGAUUUACCUAGUUGUCCGAACCGUGCGAACAGAUAAUUGUUCGAUCGAAUAAUGCCAACCGCAUUGUUUCCAUUUGAAAUUCAAUAAUAAGAUAAUGAGAGAGAGAGAGAACAAAUAGUCGGAUUAAAAGGAAUGUCAAUGGUUUACAAAAUGCUCAACUAUCGUUGUUCCCUUUAUCAUUUUCCGUCAAACCAUACCGUUGUUUAUUUUCAUGCGGAAACCAAAUUCUGCCAAAAUGGAUAUGGUUACUGGCGAAAAUGCAGCGUUGAAAGCAAAAACGACCGACUUCUUUUCCCUGAGACUGACCUUUUGUUCUGCAAUCUAUUUUUACACAUGAUCUACUAUGUUCCAAAUGAGUCAUGUUUCACAAAAUGCCACUUUUAGUUUUUGGAUACUUCGAUGGAUGAUAAAGGUAGUGAAAUUGAUAAUAUCGUACACACUGAAUUCACCGUGCUUCUCGUUUUUUUUUGUCGGAACCACAAUCAGCUACGGUGUGGUUUAGUGUUAUCAGUUGCACUAAACGAGUGAUGAAAUGGCAACGUUGUUCAAUGUUGCGAUUUUUGGAAAUUGUGAUGUAAUUUAUAACACACAGACCCGAUUCGAUGAUAAGAAAAUAUUUUUUGAAUGGUAUUUCUGUUUUGUUUAUCUUUCGCCAUGUUGAAAUUAUACGAUUAAGAAAUAUUAAUGUUUAUAUACGAUGCUAAUAUGCUAUGAUAUAGUUUCAUGUAGUCCAAUAUAGAUCGUAUGAAAAAUGCCAUUUAUCACAACGAUUUUGUUGGGAUGUGUGUUAAAGAUUUCAAGCUAAUCAUAAAAAUUAACAACACCGAUAUUAUUAUUACAAUACACAUCGGAAUUUCGAUGGUGGAUGUGAUAAGUGGCUUGAUGUUAGAAGUGUAUGAUGAUGAUAGAAACAAACAGCAAAAACGAUGCAUGAUAUGGCACUAGUUUGCUUGCGCUAUUGAUCACACAUCAUUUUCUCUAUUUACAUACCGUACAACUUUCGUAUUGCGGCUAUACACAAUUUUCCAAUGUGAGUAGUAGAAAAGAAAAAGAUGACACAGAAAGAGGCAACGAUAACGGUCGAUGGAAUGGCAUCGUUUAAAACGCACAUGAUGCGAUACAAACAAAAGACGACCAGAAAUAAAAUAGAUAGAGAAUGUUGCAGCCUAGCACACCUUUUUUUCCCAUUACACAUUCGUUUUCGUCAUUCUCUUUGACGCUUCUUCCUCUUCUUCUUUUUCUUCUUUCGCACUUCUAUCGAUUGCUGCUGUUGCUGGUUUUCUUCUGUGGCAUUCUGAUUUUUUUGGGACACUGGGUUAAGAUUCUGUGAAUUUUAAUGCAGAUGAAUUAAUCAAUCGAUCACACUUUCGUGCAUUAUUUAUGCAAAGAUGUGAUUUACAAUGGAAAUUGUGCGGUUUCUUGUUCGUUCACGUUUUGACUUAGUGUUAUUUAUGCGACCGUGUGAACUCGAAAUAGAAUAGAAAGCGCUAGGUGAUUUAAAAACAAAAAAAUACAGAGACAAAACCAAACAUAUCCAGAGAGACAGAUUUAAUUGAAUUGACGUCGGUCCAUAACGGAAAAUCACAGUCUAAAAACAAUUUACGCACAAACAAACGUUUAUAUUUUCUGGUGGUCAAACGGUGGCGAUAUAUGUGCAAGGCACAUGUUUUUUGCUGCCAAUAAUGAUCUUUUGCGCAUUUUUUUCUCUCUCGAAAGAAAAAGAACAGCAAUGUAUUGGUCAGUUGUCAGUUUGAAAUUUAUGUGUAAAAUUAUAUGAUUAUUGCUGUACAGCGGUCAACUAAUUCCAAUUCUGUGGUAGCCAAGAAAAUUAGACACGUCGAUACGCAAUACGCGAUAAACGAAAGGCAAAAGAGCGCAACAGCAAAAAAAACAAGUCCGCAGAGCUUCGCUUCGCUCCCCUCUGCGUCCUUGAGAGUUGUUUCGUCUUAUUUUGAUUUGUAGUUUUUUCAAUGUUUUUUUUUGCGUACUACAUGAAAUGUGUUUGUCUAAGUGAGUUUGCUGUAAUGAUGCAAAUAGCAACGAAUAUAGGGGAAAAAAAUUAAAAAAAAACGAAUUCCAGCAUUGAAUCAAAAAUAUAAGACGAAACUGCAUGUUUAAUUGGCCAUCGAUUUGAAACAACGAUAAAUGGCCGAAUUGAAUUCGGACCAAACAAAUUUAUAUGACUGGAUCAUUUUCUAUUAGCUAUGGCCAAACUAACUAACGUUCUGAUGAAACUAUGUGUCCGCGAAAAAAAAUUAAUUAAUUAUGAAAAGACAAUUUAGAACUGAAAUAUGAAACGCAAAUAAUGCAAGGAAAAAACAAACAAAGCGAACUAAUGCUGAAACAAAAAGCAAUUAAAAAAACUCCAAGCCAACAACAAAACUAAAUGAAGGAAUUCGGGAGCGAAAAAAAACGCUACAUCGAAAUACGUGAAUGAAACGAAUUGACAGCCAUACCAUAGCAUAAAUUCUAGUACAGCAACAGAAAUUUAUUUAGCUACUUAGUUAAAGAAAGAAGGAAAAUAAGAAGAAGAAGAAGAAGAAGAAGAAGAAGAAGAAGAAAAGAAUCAAAACAAAAAGUAAGGCAAAAUGUCCUUUUUAAAUAAUUUAAAGAAAGUGCUCCACCUGGGCGGUGGUGAAGCGAAAAAGAAGCGCAUAUACAAUAAUAUUCGCAUGGAUUGCGAUCCAAACGAAUAUUGGGAAAUGAUUGGUGAACUGGGUGACGGUGCAUUCGGCAAAGUGUAUAAAGCUCAACACAAAGAGACGGGCAAUUUGGCGGCCGCCAAAAUGUGCACACUCGAAGAUGAGGAAAAUUUGAGCGAUCACAUGGUCGAAAUAGAUAUUUUAUCUGAAAUUAAACAUCCGAACAUUGUCGAAUUAUAUGAAGCAUUCUCAGUAGAUGAUAAACUAUGGAUGUUAAUCGAAUAUUGUAACGGUGGUGCCUUAGAUAGUAUUAUGGUUGAGUUGGAGAAGCCACUCACCGAACCACAAAUCGCAUAUGUGUGCAAGCACAUGACUGAAGGUCUUAGCUUUUUACAUAAAAAUAAAGUAAUUCAUAGAGAUUUAAAGGCUGGUAAUGUACUUUUAACGAUGGACGGUGGCGUCAAAUUAGCUGAUUUUGGUGUAUCAGCGAAGAACAAGCAUACGUUACAAAAGCACGACACAUUUAUUGGGACGCCUUAUUGGAUGGCUCCCGAACUAGUGCUCUGCGAAACAUUUCGAGACAAUCCAUAUGAUUACAAAGUUGACAUCUGGUCACUUGGUAUAACGCUGAUCGAAUUCGCUCAAAUGGAACCACCGAAUAGCGAAAUGUCACCGAUGCGCGUUUUAUUGAAAAUUCAAAAGAGUGAACCACCCAGACUCGAUCAACCGUCGAAAUGGUCCAAGGAUUUCAAUGAAUUUCUGGCAAAAUCAUUGAUCAAAGAUCCACAACAGCGACCGUCCACGGAUGUUCUACUCACAUUGCCAUUCAUCACCGGUUCAUUAGACUCAAAACCGAUCAAAGACCUGCUCCUUGAAUACAAGGCCGAAGUGGUUGAAGAGGAAGUUGUCGACGAAGAAGUUGAGGAAACCCGCAACUCAACACUUCCACUCGACUUGGAUGAAGAUUCAUCAUCACUUCAAAGCCAAGACACGGACAAGCUUCCAGAUACCCCUACAACAGCAACGAAAACAUCACGCGAUUUGAAAGAAUCUGCUCCAGUGGCAGCAGCACCAACCGCAAACGAUAGCAAACCGCCACAACCACAACCACAACCAACGGCUGGAAAUAAAUCUCUAAUACGAGAAAAUUCGCAUGAAUCGGAAAAAGAAGCAGAGUCAGAUCGUCGGGCACCAAUUGUCGUGAAAAAAGAGAAGGGACCAGCUCCACCGCCUCCGUCAUUGCCAAAUUCAGUUGCACCAUCGACUGGACCAAAGGAAUCGGCUGAUGGGAAAAUUACAACAGAAACUAACGUUGAAGAAAUUGACAACAAGCCAAAUAAAAAAGAAAUCAAUGAAUCACCAACCAGCACAACACCAGAUGAUACUCCAAUUCAACCAGAGAUUGACCAAAUUGACGACACAACUAAGGUCAUUUCGGUACGAAAUUCAGACUCAACGACUUCAAGCACUUCGAAUAGUAGUGGAAUUUCGGUAUCGUCGGCUACAGCAACGGUGGCAAACAAUAAAGAAUCAUCUGCCAACACAUCGACGAUUACAAUCAAUUCCGAUUUGCCAGAUAUGUCCAACAGCUUGGCGAGUAAUGUAAGUCAAGUGACGGUCGUAACCACAAGCCAUCCACCAGUCAUAAUAGACAAUAGUGUGUGCGGAAAUAGUGUGCCGCCACCGCCGCCACCAAAACCGCCGGCACAACCACAAACCAAAUCAUCGUCCGGCAAUGAGGUGUUCAUCGUUUCAAACGAAACGAAUAAGUCUCACCCGCUGACCGAAUCAUCAACAGACGACGAUUAUCCAUCAUUGGAUAGCUUGGAAUGUAGUUCGUCACGAUUUGCUAAGCAAACGGGCCAAAGUACGAUAAUUAUUGGUGACUCAACGUCAACACCCGUCUCGCCAACUCCAUACACUCCCAACCGACAACAACAACAUCCUCGUGCCCGAAAAUUGGACGAAAGUGAAGUGUUUAUUGUGAAUAACAACGAAGAUGAAACGACGCUAUCGGACAGUGAAGCCAAUAAAUCCAAUUUAAAGAAUCUCGAUACGAGUCACGUGUCUGUGGUUACCGUCGGUGAGGAGAUUCGCGUAAAAGAUUCUUCCAAUGUUAAAACACCGCUUCGUCAAUCAAACAGCAGUAUAAAUGCAUCCAUCACCAGUGACACGAAUGGAAUCUACACACCAGAUUCGUUUGACAGCGGUGAAAAGCACAGCGCAUUGCAAAAUCGCCAAAAAACAAAUGGACAAGUCGGUGGACAACGCGACGAUGUUAGUAUUAUUGUCAACAAAAAGAAAACCAAACCAAAAAUAUCACCGGACAGUUCGGUCGGCUCGAUGGAUUCGCGAGCACAAAGCGAAUGCGGUUCGAUACGGUCAAGUGACAAGGAAAUUUUCCCCGGACCAAUACAUCCAGGUCAUCAUAAUAUUCAUCGUAGCGACGCUGAGAGUACAAAUAGUCAUGAAAGUAAUCAAGAAAAUGCAAAUGACGCGGAUUCGACGGUAAUCAUUCGACGAACGAAACCGGAACGCACGAAGGAAGAGAUCGAAAUGCGCAAUCUCAAGAAAAAGACAAGGAAACGAACGCGUAAAUUCGAAAUUGAUGGCGUUCAAGUGACAACGACCACCAGCAAAGUGAUCUAUGGCGAUGAUGAAAAUGGCAGAAUGUACGAUGACCAUAUAUGCCGUAAGCAGGAAUUGCGCGAAUUGAAAAUGUUGCAAAAACAGGAGAAGAAACAAUUCUUGGACUUGCAAAUCAAAGAACAAGCGAGCAAAGAGCAACAAGAACGGCGUUUUGACCAGGAGCGCAUUGCACUUGAGCGUACAUACGAAGCGGACAUGGAUACGCUGGCACGGCAACAUCGACAGUUAGUUGAAAAAACCGAGCAACAACAAGAGGCUGACCUAAGAGCAACAUCGAAAAAGAUUCGUGCCGAACAGGAACGUGAUCUUAAAUUGUUCCGAGAUAGUUUGAAGCAAGAGAUUCGUUUGUUAAAACAAGAGAUUGACCUACAACCAAAGGAUCGGCGAAAGGACGAAUUCCGAAAGCGAAGAGGUUUGAUGGACAUACAGCACGAGGACAAAGAAAGAGCCUUCUUGCAGUCACUUUCCGAAAGUCAUGAGCUUGCUUUGCGCAGACUAAGCGAAAAGCAUCGAGAUCGUUUGGCCACAAUCGAUAAAAAUUUCCUACAACAAAAACAAACGGCGAUGCGAACGAGAGAAGCAAUGCUAUGGGAGCUUGAAGAAAAACAAAUUCACGAAAAGCAUCAAUUAUCCAAGCGCCAUGUGAAAGAUAUGUGCUUCAUGCAACGCCAUCAAAUGAUCAUUCGACACGAAAAGGAAUUGGACCAAGUGAAACGUAUGUUACAACGAAAAGAAGAGGAGCUCGUGAAACGGCAAGCUGUUGAACGGCGUGCACUUCCGAAACGUAUUCGAGCUGAACGAAAGGCUCGUGAUAUGAUGUUCAGAGAAUCGUUACGCAUCUCCACAAAUCUUGAUCCAGAUGGUGAACGAGAAAAACUUAAAAAGUUCCAAGAACAAGAAAAGAAACGCUAUACACAGGAGCAACAACGGUUUGAUAUUAAGCAUGUGAAACAAUUGGAGGAAUUGCGUGCAACAGCCGAAGGAACAAUACGUGAGCUCGAGCAAUUGCAAAAUGAAAAGCGCAAAGCGCUGCUAGAGCAUGAAACAUCCAAAUUACGGGAAUGUGAUGAAGCAUUACAACGCGAACUGCGCGAAUGGCGAUCAGCACUUCAUCCAAGAAAACAGAAGUUAAAUAGUGAAAUAAAUGAAAUGAUCGACGCAUAUGAGCAAAAACAUGGUCCAGUUGAUGAUCGUUCAAUAUUCGAUGGUGAAAUAAUCGUACCACCACAUUUGCGUAAUAUGUCGCUCACAAGCCUACGGGCGUAUCGUUUGCAUGGCAGCCUCUUUGGAAGCUUAUCGCGAUCGCGAACGUUUUUAAAUCUUUCACAAAAUGCACGUCACACAUUGCAUGGUUCGGUGCCAGACUUGAGUCGCAAUCACUUCACAUUCAGUAGUAGCAAUAAUGGCAAUAAUAGCGUGGAUGAUGAUGAUGAUGAUGAUGAUGAUGAUGAUGAGAGUGAUAAAAAUCGGCGACGCAUGUCUUCCACAUCGACAAUCACAAAAAUUACAAUGAACUCGUCGACAACGUUGACAUUUAGUGAUGCAUCGAUUGGUACAUUAUCGUAUGGUGAUGAUCGAACACAAUAUUCAAGUGAUAAACACUCGCUAUCGAUUCAAUCCGGUGAUGGGCCAAACAUAAGUAUCAACACAAAAUCGGACGAAGGCUAUAAAUCGAAUAGCAUUCGUUCGUUGAAUGACAUAGAGUUGCGUGAAUCGAUGGCAAUGGCACCGGCAGCAGUGACCAUGGCGGAGGAUCGAACAAUGUUCUGUCAAUCAUUGGGUCGUCCGAAUCGCGCGUUAAAACCCAAUAUUUAUACGACAAAACCGAGCGAUUUUAAAAAUAUGCGUGCACAAUCGAUGGAAGCAUACAAUGCCGAAGGCUAUAUGACGGUCAUUAAAACCAAUCCGCAAAAAAAGAAUCCGACAUCGCUUAGUGCAUAUCGUUCAUCGUCCAUUCGUACAAUAUCACCAUUGUGUACCGUUACAUCGAUGCAUGAUAUCAAUGAAUCAAUCGCCGACUCAUCAUUACCAAUGUCCACUACAUCCACAAGCACAUUUCAACGAAACAAACAACCUAAGCUCCAAUCAAAUAAUAGUUAUGGUCAAAGUGGCGGCGGUGGUUUUGCUGGCCCAUUGAGCUUAGACAAUAUGACCAAAUUCAAGCUACCACGAGUCACACUCAAUCAUUCCAAUGCCACAAAUUUACCACAACAAUGAUUUUCACGUUAUUACUACCAUCCGCUUAUGUUAAUCAAUUUUUAUUUUCUUCUUCUGUUUCAAAUGUCGAUUUAAUGUGUAACGCCAAUUGCGUGUACAGCCCAGAUCGGCUAUAAAUCACCAUUUUCCCCUUGGCUGUUUCUUUUUCUUCUUCUUCUGUUUGUUAACUUAUAUUUUCAUUAUACGCUUAUGUUCAUUUAAAUGGGUUCCAAUUCAUAAAUUGCACAAAAACCAGUCAAUAUGCGCCUUUAUUCCUUUUGUUUUUGUUUAGCAUUAAAGAAAGUUCAAGUCAUUUCUUUGUUGUUAUUGUUGUUAUUCUUGGUGUCAUUAUUAUUAUUAUUUUUUAAUUCUACAUACAGUAAUUUUUAAGUGUUAUUCAUUUAGUUGCCUUAAAUUUUUGUUUGUUUGUUUGGUCCUUGAACCAACUUGAUAAUAGAAAAUAUGCAGCCAGUGAAUAGUAAAUAAUUACCGCGAUGUUUUUACAUUGCGUUGCCUGCACAGUGCACACACAUUCAUAUAAAAACACACAAAAACGCUUUAUUUAUGUUAAACUCUUCCAAAACUUGAUCCAUUUGGUUGUCGUCUGCACCGUUCCCUUUCAUUACCUACAAUUUACUUCACAAAAAAAUCUCCAUCAAACACACACUCACCCACCCACACAAACAAGAUUUUAUAUAUCUUGAAUGAAAUGAAAUAACCAAUACGCUUCCAAUCGACGUCUUGAUAUUCAAAAUGGGUUGCUACUCCUAUUCGUGCAUUAUAAACCGUUUUGCCAUGAAGAUGACACAACUAAACUCAAGCUCAAAAGAAUGGCCGAAGAACAAAUCAACCACAGAUAAGAGCUCAAACCAAAAAAUUAGCAAUGACACAUGAGUACCCAAAAGCCUACACGCCCAAUCGAUUCCAUGAACUCAAUCAUAGUUAUGAUAUGAUAAUAUACUAAGAAGAAAAACAAGAACAAAAUAGAAAGAAAGAAAGAAAUUAACGGUUCAAUUAAAAACAAAACACAAUCCGAAUCAAAGCAGGUUUGUGAAUGAAAUCGCAUUUGAAUGAAUGUUGUUGUCAAUAUGUUUUUUUGUGUUUAUUUGUGUAAUUCUUAAAACUACAUGUAUGUGUUGUCAUUUGUUCAUGAUCAGAUCACCCAGCAGUUUGAUCAAUUGUUUUUCCGUUUCGUUUUAUUUUCGUGUUGAUUGUUGUAUUAAUUUCGUUUUUUUCUGUUUGUUUGAGAUUUUCCAAUUUCUCAGAAGGGUUAAAGGGUUUAUGACAUAACAAAUACACGUUUAACUAUAAUUUAUAUUAUCUAGUAAUUAUUUGAAUUCUUGUUUUCUUAAAAAAAAAAAAUGAAACAAAAUGCAAUAGAAUUUGAACUUUUUCUAUUUUUUUGUUUUUUUUCAAGAGCAAAAUUCUAUUAGUUUGUGCACAUUGAAAUUCAUAGUUGAUGAUUAUGGUUUUCUUCCAUAUAUUUCACUAUAUUUCGAUAUCAACUCUAUUUUUGCACAUUGUAUUCUUUUGAACAGGGUGGCAGGAUGAACAAAAUCUUUUCUAUUCUGUAUUUUUUUUUAUUUUCUAUCUGAAUUUCAAUUGUUUUUUCUCUCUAUAUUUUGUAUGUAAUAUUGCUAUAUUUUGGACAAUAAUUGUUCAAUGGAAAUUUACAAUAUAUUUUUUUUCCUAUUCCUCUUUUUUUCCGCGACCAUACAGCGCUUAGAGGAGACAUUCAAUCAACAGAUUGAAGAAAUGGACGCGUUGUACCGAACCGGUAUAGUUCCUAUGAACUGCGGAGGAGCUGAAUCGUCACGCGAUUUGGCUGGAUCAACGCGAAGCAGUCUAUCAUCAUAUUCAGAGGGUUGAUGGCAUUUGAUGUUGUACAACAUAUAUAAAUGAGUAUAUAUACAAACACACACACACACCAGAAUUUUAGAAGACUAAUAGCAAACCACAUUCUGGAACUAUGAAUCUCCUAAAUUAACAAGUCGAGUUUAAAUUUUCAAAUCCGAUUGUAUUUUGGAUGAACGUUAUUCGAGAAAAGAGAUAACGUGUUGGUGCUUUUUCAGCAAAAUUGUAAAUUGAGUCAAGUAAUAUAACUUUGCAGAAGAUACAAUCACGAUUAUAUCUUAACAUUAAUGAAAUACAUGUUAAUUCAACCGAUUCGAAAAUGUAUGCUCAGCAUGAAUAUUCAGGAUAUUCACAGUCUCCCGUUGUGGAUCACUUGCUAAUAAUUCAUUACCGAACAACGACACAAAUAGAAUUUAAUGAAUAAAUUUAAAAGAGAAAAAGUAAAACAGAGAUGAUGAUGAUAUUGAUGAUGAAAAAUGAGUCGUAACGCAAUUCGUAUUAUGCCUUCUGUUCCCGAUAAAUGACAAAUGCAACGAAGGAACGCGUAGUCUAAUAAAUAAAAUUAUACUUAUAUCGAUAUAGCUCAAGCUCAAGAAACAAAUUGUUGAACUUUUUUUUUGUCGAGGGAAGAAAUGUAUUAAAUUGCAUUUGAUGAGAGAGACAACGGAAGAAAAAAAAUAUCAAAAAAACAAUAAUAUAUCCAUAUGCAAAAUGUCUUUCCGAUUUACAAAAUAUAUAUGAACAUAUAUUUUAAUUUUUAAUAUUU